AUGAGCCCUACACAACAAUUCCAUGCAAAACAAGAACAACAUGACGGCGGCGCGUAUGAUCGUUCACCACCUCUCAAGAUCAUCCACCGUCUUCCUCCUCCACCCUCUUCCACCGGAUCAUCCACCAACGACGCCAUCCCCCCAACGAACAAAUCCCAUCAACCACAGUCGCCGCCACCACCACGGCGUCCUGUAAUUAUUUACACACAUUCUCCAAAAGUGAUCCAUACUCACCCUCGUGAUUUCAUGGCAUUGGUGCAAAAACUCACCGGAUACACCCCGCCCCCAGAGGACCCACAACAACAACGAGUAGGUCCUCAAAGGAACGGGGAGGAUAACGAGUCAGCAAACUCGGUUGUGACCGAGGAACAUGGAACGAGUGUUAUUGGCCCUCCUCCUCCUCCUCCUCACGUGAAUUCUUGUUUUGUUGAUAAUAAUUGUAUUAAUAUCGUCGCGCCACCACAUUAUAAUUUUAACCCAUCACCGCCACCACCAGUACCAGUUUUUCAAACAAACUCUACGGAUUUCUUGUGCACGCCAAGUCAUCAUCAUCAUCAGCUUCCGUUUUACAAUCCGGAUUCCAUGUUUAUGAAUCGGAAUUCCUUGUCUUCUUCUUCUUCAUUGCGUGUUUUGAAAGAGUAUCCGGAUAUGUGA